AUGUAUUUCUCUCAAAUUGCUAUUGUAGCCCUUGCGGCUGUUGCUGAAGCCGUCGAUGUCCAAGUCGUCUCGGUUGGCAGAAACUCAGCAACAAAUGCCACUGGCCUCAAGUUCUGGCCUGAAAAGAUCACAGCAGAGCCAGGAACCAUGGUUCAGUUUCAAUUCUGGGCUGGCAACCACACAGUGACACAGUCUACCUUCGACGACCCUUGUGUGCCCAUUGGCAACGUUAUGUCGAACGUCACUGGCAUCUACUCUGGCUACCAGCCUGUGGAGGCUAGCAUGUCCAAGGGCAUGAUUCCCACUUACACCAUCAUGGUCAAGGACAAGAAGCCUAUGUGGCUGUUCUGCAGCAAGGCAAAACAUUGCCAGGGUGGAAUGUCAAUGGUUAUCAACGAAAACACAUCUGCCAAUGCUACAAGAUCGCUCAACAACUACAAGAGCCUCUGCAGUUCGGCUACAGUCUCCGAAGUCGUUCCUGUUCAAGGUGGCGGCUCUCCACAAGGCGGAAAUGGUGGCAAUGGCACCAACACAGGCGGUUCUGGAGGCGGUAGCUCUGGUGGUGGCUCCGGAGACGAUAGCUCAGACGACGGCAGCUCCUCCGGCGGUGACAGCUCCGAUGACGGCAGCUCCUCCGGUGACGAUAGCUCCGAUGACGGCAGCUCCGAUGACGGUUCCGAGGAUGGCUCUGGCACGCCAACUGGUGUCUCUGCCCCUGGAGCUACUGGCACUCCCACAUCUGGUUCUUCGGGUGAUCCUGUGGUCACUGCUGCUGCUGCUGAGCUCAAGGCCCCUAUUUCGAUGCUGCUCGCAGUCGGUGCCGCUGCUAUGUAUGUACUAUAA